AUGUCCGACGAAGCCUCUGGGCCUGAGGACGAAGCGGAAAUGUACGAUGACUGGAAACAAAGGAUGGCAACGGCGGCGGGAUUUGCAGCAGAGACCCUAAUAUCUCACCUCAAGUUUCUCGAAGUCAUCAAUCCGCAGUGGAGGAGCACUCAGCAAUCAAGAAUUUUCCACGACUUACGUGACAUUUGGUGGACGACGAAGAGCUCAAAGGAACACGAGAAGUUCGCUAUUCGAGUCAGAGGAUCCGGUCGAUGGUCUACCAAUGCCGACAUCCCGAAAGUGUCACCAUACGACUUCGGAAUCAAUCUCGAGUGGCUGAAUGAAGCCCGAAAGGACCGUCUCCUUGAAGAACGGCUCAAAGACUGGGGCAAAUACGGAGACCCCGUUCAUGUUGUUGCUGCAGCUAGCGAGGAAGGAGACACUGACGAUGAGGGAGAUGACGACGCUGAGGGAGAUGGAACCACAACAGGUGGGGGUGGUGAACGUGAUACUGAUGGUGUGGGGGAAGCUGAGGACCAGUAA